UAGAAGGAAGGCUCCUCCGAGUCAGAGUGAUCUCAUCACCUUCCCAGAGCUCGGCUAGUCCAGCUCGGAUCCCAGUCAUGAGGUGGCUGCCCAGUGGGCAGAGAGGCUUAAGGAACUGUCUGGGAAGCCACAGAAGCCACGGUGAAAAGGGAAGAGGCUGAGGACCCUCACAGGACACAAUGGACAAGUUUCGGAUGAUCUUUCAGUUUUUGCAGUCCAAUCAAGAGUCCUUCAUGAACGGCAUCUGCGGCAUCAUGGCGCUGGCCAGUGCCCAGAUGUAUUCUGCCUUUGACUUCAACUGCCCCUGUUUGCCGGGCUACAAUAUGGCCUACAGCAUGGGCAUCCUGCUGACGCCUCCUCUGGUGCUUUUCCUGCUUGGCCUAGUCAUGAAUAACAAUGUAUCCAUGCUAGCUGAAGAGUGGAAGCGCCCUGCCGGCCGUCGGGCCAAGGACCCAGCCGUGCUACGCUACAUGUUCUGUUCCAUGGCCCAGCGAGCUCUCAUCGCACCUGUCGUCUGGGUGGCCGUCACACUGCUGGAUGGCAAGUGCUUUCUCUGUGCCUUCUGCACAGCGGUGCCAGUGGCCACACUAGGCAAUGGCAGCCUGGUGCCCGGCCUGCCUGCGACAGAACUGGCUCGCCUGCUGGCUCGCGUACCCUGCCCUGAGAUCUAUGACGGGAACUGGCUGCUGGCCCGAGAGGUGGCCGUGCGGUAUUUGCGCUGCAUCUCUCAGGCACUGGGCUGGUCCUUUGUGCUGCUGACCACGUUGCUGGCAUUCGUGGUGCGCUCUGUGCGGCCCUGCUUCACCCAGGCCGCCUUCCUCAAGAGCAAGUACUGGUCGCACUACAUCGACAUCGAGCGUAAGCUCUUUGAUGAGACCUGCACAGAGCACGCCAAGGCCUUUGCAAAGGUAUGUAUCCAACAGUUCUUUGAAGCCAUGAACCAUGACCUGGAACUGGGUCACACCCACGGAGUGCUGGCCUCGGCCACGGCCACAGCCACAACCACGGAGGCUGCCCAGAGCCCCUCUGACAGGACGGAGGAAGAGAAGGAGAAGCUGCGUGGUAUCACUGACCAAGGCACCAUGAACAAGCUGCUCACAAGCUGGCACGAAUGCAAACCUCCACUGCGCCUGGGCCAGGAGGCACCACUGAUGGGCAAUGGCUGGGUUGGGAGUGAGCCCCGGCCUCCACGCAAGGAAGUGGCCACCUACUUCAGCAAAGUGUGAGCUGUCACUGACUGCAGAGGCAGGAGCAGAGAUCUGAACCCACAGCCCUUUGCCCCUCAACGUCGACAGAAAACCAAUUCUGAGGCCCAGCUCCAAGUCCAGGCAUUGACUGCUGCCGCGAAAAAGGAAACCUAGAGCUGAAGGACCUUUACCUCCCUAGCUGUGAUGCUGCCCUGGGUGACCUGGGAGCAGUGUCACCCUGUGCCUCACCUCCUGCUGUUGCAGUAUUGCAAGUGUUCAGAUCUGGGGAUGGGAGCAGGAUGCAUAGUGCCAGGACUGGUCCCCGAGUCCCUUACCCAGCCUCCCUGUGAUGCUCUUCCUUCCAUCCCAGCUCGCUGUCCCCACUUAGGCUUCCAAAGGCCACACCCCAGCACUUCCUCUUGUUCUAGACUUCUCUCGUGCUCCGGCUCAAGGAUCCGAGGGCAAGCAGCCCUCUCAUAAUCUUAGCCAGUUUCUUGGGUAGGAUAGAAUGGGCUAAAUGUCACACACUCAGCUGGCGUGACACACCAGAGUGACACGUGAUAAGAUGCCGAGACCUAGGACCAUAUGAGGGAGGCCACGGUGUGCGCCAUUAGACAGCUUUUGAGAUAGACUCCGUGUUUACCUCACACCAAGUUCCAAAUUAACAUCCUCACACAAGGUUAGGGAAGCAGACCAUCAUGGGGCUUGCGAGCUAGAAAUGGAAUCUGAGGAACUCUUAUUUUCUCAUAGGCUCCCUCAGGAACUUGCCCUGAGGUGUGGUGAAGAUGAGGGUGUUGCCUAAGAGGGGAAGUAAAGACUAGGGUGGGAUAAAGCUGGGUUAAAUGCUGGUUCUAGCAUUUGCAAAGAGUGUCCCUGGGCCAAGCGCCCCAUUUUCUGGGUUUCAGUUUUCUCAUUUGCGCAAGAGGGAGAGGGCCAUCUACCUCAUGGGUUCCCCAGGCAUAAACUCACGCUGCACAUAGCAGACAUCUGGGGCAGUGUGGUUAAUGUGCAUGUUCAUCUCUGAGGCCCUGGGCUGCUUGCUUUCCCCUCCCCUGACCCCAACCAAGGGACAGGAAUCUUGUCCAAGCAAAGGAGACAGAGGUGCACGCUCCCAUCUUUCAGUCUCAGCCCUGUCCACCUCAGAGCUCACUCUGACCUUCCUGUUUUCAUUUUCCCUCUUCCUUCCACCAUCCUUCCACUCUUAGGUGGAGCCCUGGGGCCAGGGUGGCAGGGAAGAGACAGUGGAACUUGACUCCAGCCCUGAAUGAAGGGACCAGAUGAACACAGACCGAGUAGGCAUUGGUGUGCAGAGGCUUCCGCUCGGGACAGAAUGCCAGAAAGUGCUUGGAGAAACAAAUGUGAGAGAAAGCUUUGGGGAGACCUGGGCUUCCAACACCAGAGUGGUGGGAGCUAAGGCUAGCCCCCAACCUGUAGAGCGCUCGUGGAAGAGCAAGGAUAAAGAAAUAACGAUUCCUCUCCAUCCCCGCCACACAGACAAGCCAGACUCGGGGGAGUUCAGCUUGCCACAGGAUGUGAGUUCCACUGUCACAGCCCUGAAGAGCUGAUGGCCCUGGGGCUAUCUCUCUGAAUCCUAGGUGCCACUGGGUUCAUCUUGGCACUCUCCCCAUCAGCGUACCUGACUCUCCAGUCUUGCUUGUGAGCUCCCAGAGAUAGGAGCUCAUGAGCACUCCAGGGACAGGCAGAGCAGCUUAGAAAGUUUCUAUUUUCU